CUGCGUCAGCUGCAGCCCGCCGGCGAUUGGGGCGCGCGCGCCUCCUUCGGUUUGGGGCUAAUUAUAAAGUGGCUCCAGCCGCCGUUAGCCCCGCACGGCGAGGCAGGCGCUCGAGCCCGGCAGCCUGGCCCGGGGCCCCGCGGCGACGCUGAGGACCGCGACGAGUCGUGUCUGGGACCCGGUGUUUCUGACCAGCCUGCUCCAUCCGAACAGCGUCCACUCCAUGGCGCGGUUCUUGAGAUUUUGCACUUGGCUGCUGGUGCUCGGACCCGGGCUCCUGGCGACCGUGCGGGCGGAAUGCAGCCAGGACUGCGGGACGUGCAGCUACCGCCUGGUGCGCCCGGCAGACAUCAACUUCCUGGCUUGCGUGAUGGAGUGCGAAGGAAAACUGCCUUCUCUCAAAAUCUGGGAGACCUGCAAGGAGCUCCUGCAGCUGUCCAAGCCCGAGUUUCCUCAGGACGGCACGAGCACCCUGCGGGACAGCGGCAAACAGGAAGAGAGCCAUUUGCUGGCCAGACGGUACGGGGGCUUCAUGAAGCGGUACGGGGGCUUCAUGAAGAAGAUGGACGAGCUUUACCCCAUGGAGCCGGAGGAAGAGGCCAACGGGGCUGAAAUCCUUGCCAAGCGGUACGGGGGCUUCAUGAAGAAGGACGCGGAGGAGGACGACUCCCCGGCCAACUCCUCGGACCUGCUGAAGGAGCUGCUGGAAACGGGGGACAACCGGGAGCGUGGCCGCCACCAGGACGGCGGUGAUAAUGAUGAAGAGGUGAGCAAGAGAUACGGGGGCUUCAUGAGAGGCUUAAAGAGAAGCCCCCAACUGGAAGACGAAGCCAAAGAGCUGCAGAAGCGAUAUGGGGGCUUCAUGAGAAGGGUGGGCCGCCCGGAGUGGUGGAUGGACUACCAGAAACGGUACGGAGGCUUCCUGAAGCGCUUUGCGGAGUCUCUGCCCUCCGACGAAGAAGGCGAAAGUUAUUCCAAAGAAGUUCCCGAAAUGGAAAAGAGAUAUGGAGGAUUUAUGAGAUUUUAAUACCCUUUCCCAUCAGUGGCCCCGGGCCCAGCAAGCCUCCCUCUACCCUCCAGUGAGCCCCCGCCUCCUUGAUGGUGUUUUGCUGCCGUGUGUUGCUUGUAUCGCACAGUUGACUUCAUUGUCUGGGUGACUAGACAACCCGAAAGCUGUCACUUCACGUUCUGUGUCCUUCCUAGAGUCUUUAAGCUCAGUGUUGGUCUAUUGCAGCUAUCUUGUUUUUGUGCUAAAAUAGUUUUUGUUAUCUUGUCCCUUAUUUUUGACAAAGCAUCAGUAAAUGCUUACUUGUAUAUAGAUAUAAUAAACCUAUUACCCCAACUGCA